CGACAGACAGUCCUGUCAUUGACAUCAGACACUAGUGUCUACCGCAUUAUUACGAGCCAAUUGUUAGCCUGAGCCAAGCGGACCCCACUCAACUUCCCAUGCGACGCCGUUGAUUGAACCUGGGUUUCGAGACGUUCCCAUCACACCCAGCGAAGUUCCGAACUGACAUCAUUAGAGCUCCACAGCGGACAGGCGAGGCGACGAUGCAGAUUGUGGAUGUCAGCUAUAAGAGGUCCAUGACUACGGCGAAGUCCCAGCACAAGACACCGCUCUUCACACUGCUCUUCAAGACUGAAGAUUACUCGACAUCACCCGCACAACUUUUGCAACCAAAUACAGCAUGCUCUCCACCACCCGUGUCGGAGCUAUCGCAAUGAAGGCCUCGCGCCCCCUCCGCGCUCAGGUUGGCCUACGCUGCAUCUCCUCGAAGGGCGACUCCCGAGCGCCAGACAUCGAAGGUGUGGACCCUCGCUUCCCAGGAGAGUCAGAGGGGCUCCAGCGGCGAUCGCUGAAGAUGCGGUACGCGACCUGGGCAGGGGCCAUCGUUGCGGGCGGCGUCGCGUACUUCAUGUGGUCCGGGAUGAAUCCGGACAAGGCCAAGCAGAAGGUGCAGAGCUAGGGGAGGUCGACUCAACCCGUGACAGGAUGGGGAGGCAAGGCCAUCACAGGGGGUUACCACGAGUUGGAGGGGAAGUUAUAUUAGUGUGAGAGGGAUCAAGAAGCUGCGAACAGGAGCCGCGGUCAAUCACGCACUAACUGGCGUGAGAUGCAGAAGUCGCACGGCAAGGCACUGGCGGCGCACAGGCAACGCACAGGCGGCGUACCCGCAGUCGGCGCGCUCAUUGUCUAUAUGUAUAGUCUGUCUAGUUUAGUCCACACGGAAAGUCACACCUGAGAGCGCAC